AUGGCCGAGUUCGCCAAUUUCGAUGGAACACCCAGUAGCUUGGGCAGCGAGACGAGCAAGCGAAAAGCUGCCAUCCUCGACAGGCAUCUCCCAGAUGGCUACUCCGCCGAGCCCGACGUUGCCUUUGGUCCAGCCAACCCUUGCGCUUCGGGGUCUGCCAGCAAUGACAACAACGACACUUCAGGAGAUCCCGUCGAAUCUUCUCUCCUUUUGCAAGGAGGCGACAUGCAUCGCGAUAUGUUCAAGAUCAAGGCUCGAGCCAACUCCCUUCGCCGCGCUGCCACCUUCUCCCAUCAUACACCUCCUCCCCUUGCUGCCGAAGACGAAUUGAGCCACUCCGAACAGCGGGAACCCGGCGGCUUUCGACGAUAUCACCUUCAACGACGUGCCCGGCAGAGACGCAUGAGUGGCUAUACGAUUGUCGCCAAGAACUUUGUCGAUUUCCUUGACCUAUACGGAAGCUUUGCCGGCGAAGAUCUCGAAGAUGCCGACAGCGAAGACGAGUCUGCCAUUGAUGAUCGAGAAGACGGCGAUGUGGAACAGCCACCUGAGCUUCGACCCCUCCUUGGUAGAAGACGAAGCUCUAAGCGAAUGCGCAAGACGGGCGAUGCUACAACUACAAAGACUUUUUUCACCCUCAUCAAGGCUUUCAUCGGAACUGGAAUCAUGUUCCUGCCCAAGGCGUUCCGCAAUGGUGGCAUCCUAUUCUCGUCAAUCACCCUCAUUGUAUUGUCCCUUGUCAACUGCGGAUGUUUCCGUCUUCUUCUUGACUGCCGACAGAUUUACGGAGGCGGUUAUGGAGAACUGGGCGAAGCCAUUGUUGGGCCUCGAUUCAGAAGUCUGGUUCUCGCUUCGAUUGCUAUCUCUCAGCUUGGAUUCGUAUGUGCUGGCCUCAUCUUCACAGCUGAGAACCUCUAUGCUUUUCUAGACGCUGUGACCGCCAACCACCGCGAGUUCAUGUUCAGUGUACCCAGUCUGAUUGCUUUGCAGUUGGUCGCCCUUGUCCCUCUUGCGCUGAUCCGAAAAAUCUCAAAACUUGGACCCGCUGCCCUUCUCGCUGAUGUCUUUAUCUUGAUUGGAAUCGUGUACAUAUGGUACUACGAUAUUGCGGCACUCUCUCAGCGUGGCAUGGACUCGACUGUGAAGCUGUUCAACCCAAGAGAUUUCACUUUGACCAUUGGCUCGGGUAUCUUCACUUUUGAAGGCAUUGGACUUAUCCUGCCCAUCCAGUCCAGCAUGAAGAGACCCGAGCACUUCCCUAAUCUCCUUUACUUGGUCAUGUUUAUCAUCACGAUCAUCUUCACCUCUGUGGGAGCACUCUGCUAUGCUACCUUUGGCGAGGAUACUAAGAUUCAAGUCAUUUCCAACUUUCCUCAGGAUUCUCCGCUUGUCAACGCAGUCCAGUUCCUGUAUUCAAUUGCCGUUCUCGCCGGAGAUCCUGUCCAGCUUUUCCCCGCUGCCCGUAUUAUCGAAACCUCGGUUUUUGGUGAGCGUGCAACUGGCAAGAAGAGUGCUGCAAUCAAGUGGAAGAAGAAUGCUCUCAGAACCCUUCUUGUUGGCGUAUGCAUCGGGGUCAGUAUAGUUGGUGCCAGUGACUUGGAUAAGUUUGUGGCAUUGAUUGGCAGCUUUGCCUGUGUUCCCUUGGUCUACAUCUACCCAGCUUACUUGCACUACAAGGGAGCUGCUCAGACAACCAGGGCCAAGGUCGUUGACGUUGUUGUCAUGGUUGUUGGCUUCAUUGCCAUGGUCUACACCACGUUGGUCACUGUUUACCAGUGGAUCGACAGUGCUUAG